UCUUCACGCGUUUUUUCAUUUUGUAUACCGUAACGCGCGAACACCUUCUUCUUUUUUUUUUUGUUUCAUUUUAAAAUUGAAUUGAAUAAAAUAAAUAUAUAUAUAUAUACAAUAUAAGGGUAAAUUGAAAAUUGAAAAGGAUAUAUUAAAUAUAAAAAUGAUAGCCAAAUGUGCAACUUUGUGUGAUUAAAAUGAUAAUAUACAAAUGGUACGUGAAAAGAAGAAAAUAUUUGUGAGAAAAUAUUGUUAAUAUAUUAUUAUUAUUGUGUAUAAUAUAUGGAUAUACAUAUAUAAAUAAAGAUAUAUGUAUAUAUAUGAAGUAUUGGUAUAUAAAAAGUUAAAAAAUUUUGGUUUUAAAUCUUUUUUUUUUUUGCAAACAUUUAAAAUAUGUACAUGAAAAAUUAAACAAGAAUUAUAAGUACAUACUAUUUACUUAUAUACAUUAUACAUAAUAUGUGGAAUAAGAAUUAUAAAAAUUGCUCUUCAAAUCUCUUACAAAUUUUAUUGUAAUCAUUUUUAAAGCUAAAAAUGAAGGAAUAAUUUAAAUGAUUAUAAGGAAAUAAACAACACACUGGAUUGCAAUUCACAAAUGAUUUGAAAAACUUUAUAUGUAUACCCAUAUACAUACAUAAAUACAACAAGAAGAAAAAUCUGAAACCAUCAUUUAAAAAAUAAAAACAUUGCCUUAUUAUUUUCAUCUUAUCAUUUGGUAUUCCGUACCAAUAAACAUACACAACACUCACAAAAUCAGUAUAAAGCUAAUAAAGUGGUUUUAGUGUCAAUAUUUGUUUUUAGAUUAUGUCGCAAAAGGAAUGAAAUAAGAUGUAACAACAUUUUAUAUACAUACAUAUAUAAAAUUUAUAAAAUCUGUAAUUUACUAACUAAAAACAAGAAGCGAAGAAAAAAAAACGAGAAUACUAAAAAAAAACGUUUGCAGAUUGACACCGUCAAAAGGGAAUUAUGGGAUGUUAUCAGAAUUGUGCUUGCAAUCGGUUUCUAAUUUCUGAAAAGAAUUUCGAGACAAAAAUGAAAGGAUGAUCUUAUUUAGUGUUUUAAAAAGAAAACAAAAGCAAAACCAAGGAUAAAUUGAAAAUUUUUAUCAAGGACUCUUUUAUCAAAUAAUAAAGGUGUACUAUAAAUAAUUUUUAUCACAAAAUAUUUAUGAAAUUUUUAUUUUUAAAAAGCGAAUGUGAAUUAAUAAUGUUUAAGUGAAUUUUAAAUUUAAAUAUUGAAUGAAAAGCACAAAAAUAAAAAAAAAAUUAUAAAUUAAAAAUUAAAAAAAAAUAAAUAUAUAUAAAGAAAUUAUACAGUUAGAAUUACGUAAAGAAAACCACGUAGUUUUGCAAGCAAAAUAAAAAAAGUUUAAAGUUAUUAUGUUUUUACAAUGAAUUUACCUUCCGACAUUUUAAUAUUCUUAUUCAUCAACAAUUUAUUUCGAGAUAUAACGGGACUUCGGCUGUCAAAAGUUGUUAUACCAGCCUAUAAGUUAAGAGGCGAAUCAGUAUUUCUUGAAUGCCAAUAUGAGUUAAAUAGAUCAAAUGGUGGUAUAAUUAAAAGUAGUAUAAUUGAUAGUACAAUAAGUGGUAUAGGAUAUCAUCGUUCUAAAAAUAAAAAUCAAUUGCCUUUACAACAACAACAACAACUACAGCAACAUCAACAACAGCAACCUCAAGAAGAACAACAGGAAUAUUAUCAUAAAAAAAGAUCACAACAACAAUCAUUAAUUGAACAAAAGCAACAAAAACAAAAAAGAUAUUAUAGACAAUUACAACAACAACAACAACAACAGCUUCCACAACCAACAUUUCAACAGCAAUUUCAAACUCAAACAUAUAAAAUCUAUGAUGAAACAAAAAUUAGAGACCAUUUACUUAAUAUAUAUGAUAGUAGUAAUGAACCUAAUGAAGAUGAUGGCGAACAAUUAUAUGCAGUUAAAUGGUAUAAGGAUAAUGAAGAAUUUUAUCGUUAUGUGCCGAAAGCAAAUCCUCAAAAGCAAAGUUAUCGAGUUGAUGGAAUAAGAGUUAUAGAAGAACAUUCUGAUAGCUCAAGAGUUUUAUUAAGAGGUCUUACACUUAAUUCUACUGGACUCUAUAGAUGUGAGGUAUCAGCAGAAGCACCUAAUUUUUCAUCUGUUCAAGGGGAAGGCAGAAUGGAUAUAGUUUAUUUACCGCGGGACGGCCCUCAUAUAAAAGGAAAAGAAGAUCAAUAUCAAAUUGGUGAUACACUUAAUUUGAAUUGUACCUCAGGAAAAUCACAUCCAGCUUCACAACUUCAAUGGUUUAUUAAUGAUAAACUGCUCGUCAAUUCAGAUUCCUUAAUUAGAUACAAUGAUACGAUACAUAAACAUGGUCUGAUUACUUCCACAUUAGGAUUACAAUUGACAGUAGAUGCAAGACAUUUUCAAGAGGGAGCAAUGAAAGUAAAAUGUUUAGCAAGUAUAUCACCUGUUCUUUGGAAAGGUGGUAGAGAAAGUGUAUUACAAAGGCGACCGGGAGUUAUCGAUAACCGUGAGGCUAUGCUUUUAGUAUUGAGCUCCUCAUCCAGUAUAGUAAUUAACUCGUUUGUAUUAGGUUUAAUAAUUUUAAUAGUAUUUUGUCAAUUACUCGAUGUAAAGCUUAGGUAAGAUAAGUUAAAAUUUUUAGUUAUGUCUAAUUUUUUACAAUAAUUUAAUAUAGCCUAAAAAAAAAAAUUACGUUUAUAAAACACAAAGUUCUUGUAAAUAUAUAAAACUAUUGUAGAAAAUAUUUAUAUAGCAACCAUUUAAAAUGAAAAAAUAAAAGAAAUAAAUUAAUGAAAAAUUAAAAUAAAACUUUAAACUUCCUUGAGAUAUAAAUCAUUAAUUUAUUUACUGAAUAUGGAAGUUUCAUAUCAUGAGUUUAAUAGUUGGAAUAUGAAAACAAACUAAACAAAACAUAUCUUUAAAUAUUAAUUUUUUUGUUUUAAAUAUAACCUCAUUAAUUAUAAUACUGUAUAAUAUUGUCCACUUUAUUUCUUGAUAUAUGUACGUAAAUUUUAAUAUACAAUAAUACCAAUAUAAAUUUUGCUGAAACAUAUCAGUAUCAUUAAAUCAAUAUACCAUAUAGCGAUAUAUACCGUAACUACAAUCAAAGUGGCUGACACUUUGAACAAACAAAAAUAGUAAAUAAAAUAUAAUUUUUUUUUAGAUUUUCAUUGUUAUCUUUGACAUAAAAUAUAUUGCAUGUAAGUAUGUAUUUUUCUCUAUAAAAUGAAAAUUAUAUUUUCAUUGUAUCCUUAUUAUAUCGUAUUUUCAUUAUUAAUUUUUCCCUAUAUAUUUUACCUUAACUGACCGUAAACGCAUUUCUUAUUAUAUUUAUACAGUCGAAUUCAAUUAUUAACAACAUGUUUAAAAGUAGAACUUGCUAAAAAGCAAACAAAAAUUUAAUCUCAUUUGUUUUGCAAAUUAUAUAUAUUUCCAUGUAAAUUUACACGAAGAAAUGUAACC